GUUUUGUAGGUCAGGGCUUGUGAUCAGGGUGGCAGGAAGUCGUGUCCAUAUGAUUUUUUCUAUAAUCACUGGAUGUGUGCACCUCAUAACAACAUCAACAAAGUUUGCAUUAAGAAUCAGCUCAUACAGCUCUUACUAUAACUUCCAUAUCAGUAAGACAGUGACUGAACCAGUGCUGCGUCUCUGUCAGUACAACUCUGCAGGGAAACAGAAGCAAAUCUGAGUAGAAAGUGCAAGUAUGAGGUCCGGUUCAUAACAAGGUCCUUAUAGUCUUGAAGAAUCAAGACAAUUGCGCUCCUUUCUUUUUUACAUUUAGAUUUACGUUAACAUUGAGGGCAUUUAGCAGAUAGUUGGAUAUAAUAGCCUCAAAAAAUAAAUGGUACAUUUUGAGUUAAUUAAACUUCAGGUAAUAGUUUUCUCACUUUUUAAGUAACUGCUUAUUAAAGAUGCAGCUGACAUUUGUAAUACUGAAUGAACACUGUGCAGAUGAUCUAUAAACAUUUGAAUAGCCAUUAUUAGGGCCCUAUAAUUUCCGCGAUCACGGAAUCACGGACGGAAUCGCGGAAUCGGCCGAUUAAAACGGAAUCUACUUUUCAACGCGGAAUAUCGCGGAAUUUGACAUAAUCUGACUGCACUGAUGUUUUCAUCUGGAGGAGGAACGUACGUCUGGGGAAAACUGCAUGGAGGGAAGCACAUCUGAGUGACACAACAAGCCCCUUGCACAAACUGAGCCCCUCCCCUUUCAAAACAAUGCAAGCAUGGCGAAGCGGCUGCCAGCGGCUCCGUCUGCAUCUGCGAAAAAACUGCGGAACUCCACGCUAACCCCGCAGUACAGAGCCGAGCAGUUCCCAAACGACUUUCAUGUGUCAGGUGAACUGUUAUUGUGCAGAUUCUGUCAACACUCCAUUGACUGGACACGAAAAAAUACAUGCAGUGACCACAUAAUGUCAAAAAGUCAUGUGCGAAAUAAGGAGAAGUACAGUAAUGCCGGCAAGACCCCUACAGACAUGCAUUACUGCGUCUAUAUUCAAGUCAUCAGACUCAAGAAAAGAGUUUGUUGAAGACUUUGUGGCUGUGUGUGCUGAGGCCGACAUCCCACUGGAAAAGAUGACAAAACUGCGUCCGUUUCUAUUAAAGCACUGCAAACAGGGAGGAGCACUACCUGAAAAUGUCAGCAGCCUUCGCCAAAUUCACCUCCCCCGAGUGUUUGAACAGCAUAUCUCCUCUGUGCUCCAAAAGAUCCGUGGGAAAAAGUACUCCGUUGUUGUGGAUGAGACCACUGAUGCAAGAGACUGCAGCGUCCUUAACAUAGUCAUUGGAGUUGAAAACCAAUACUUUCUUGUGGAUCUUGUCUUCAUGGAUAGAUGCAACUACUCAACAGUUUCCCAAGCCAUACUAGCCUCCCUCCAUAGCAACAGUCUGGAUCUGAAUGAUGCCUGGGCAGUGGUCACAGAUAAUGCAGCCUACUGUCUGAAAGCAUACAGGGAGGUCCUGAAAGGAGUGAUGCCAAACAGUGUCCAUGUUACCUGCCUCUGCCAUAUCAUCAAUCUGGUGGGUGAGACCUGGCAGCAUUACAAAUACUUCUCUGAUGCUACCUCACUAGUGACAUGGAUGAUAUCUGUCUUCUUCAAGAAGCCUGCCAGAAAGCGAAGAUGGGUGGCCUUCCUCAUUAACAAGGAGUGUGUGCAGGCCAAGGUUCCUCCUGAGGCAGUGUGUACCAGAUGGAAUAGCUGGUUUGAGGCUGUCAGAUAUCAUGCAGAGCAUGUUCACCUGUACAGACAGUUUUUGUUGGCAGAAGAAUCAACAGGUAUGGCAGUCAGGAACGUCCUCAGCCAGUUGGAAACAGAGGAGAAGGUACAGACACUCACUCUCAAGCUAAACUUCAUCUCAGAAGCCUGCUCCAAACUGAUGACAUCCCUGACCAUCCUGGAAGGAACCCACAGACCCACAGCAGUGUCUGCAUACAAUGUCAUGAAGGAUCUUGGCUCCUACCUUAUUAAUGGAACAGCAAAAACAUGUGGUUAUGGGCCCAAGACUGAUGAGCACCUGAGGGAACUGGGGGUUCAAGAGAAGAGGAACGUGCUGGAUAAUCUCCAUGAUGCCUUUCAUUUGGCUUUCACAAAGUUCUCAAAGCACUGGGACACACAUCCAGCCAGAGAUGUGUACAGGCUGACCAGGGUCUUUGAUCCCAGACAGGCUCCAGCUAUGGAAAAACAGAUCGAAGCCUACUCAACACUGAAGCCCAUGGCUAACCCAUGAGCAGAGCUCAGUGAGCAGUGGCCUAUCAGCAAUGUGUUUCCAAGGAGCCCCUGCCAACUGAUAUGGACCUUGCAAACUACUGGAAAGGCCUGAGUGCAAGAUUCCCAAGAGUUGCAGAGAUGGCUAUGCCCUUCAUCUACUUCCCAGUCAGCUCAGUUGAUUGUGAGCGGAGCUUCAGUAAAUACAAAACUCUUCUCACAGACAAAAGAGAGACACUCACUGAACUCAACACUAAGAGGCUGGCGAUCAUGUAUUUCAAUGGUGAUGUCGCUGAUAGGUGGAACACUUGAAGUAAUUUAUGUGGACUAACUAGUCCUACAGCUUAAAUAGCUUGUUUAAGUUACGUUUGAAGAAGUUAUGUUAUGUUGUUGUUUUAUGAUAACUCAACUAAAGUUUAAUUACUUGGUGCUAGUUUUUGAUGCACUUUAAUGUACCGUAUUGUACUUUAUUGAGGAAAUGUGUUUUUUGUCUCCUCAGUUUAUUACUUGCUGCUUGUUUUUGAUGCACUUUAA